AUGGCCUGGGACACGCCUGAGAAGAAAGAAGAGGAGGUUGAGAAGAAGACCGAAGAGCCCGCAGCCAAGGCAUCGCUGAGCUGGGCAGAGGAAGAUGACGACGACGAGAUCCCUCCUCUUGCGGAUCCAGCAUCAGACCCCCCGGUUGCCGCAGCAGAGCGUGAUGUGACGCCUCCACCGGAGGAGGAGAAGAAAGAUGCGGUGGGGGAGAAUGGAGAGCCUGUGAUGACGAACGAUGAGGUGCUGAAGGCGGUUGAGCAGGAUGAGCAUUUCGUGAGCUUGGUCGAGAACGAGAACGAGAUUUUGGUUAAGCUUGCGGAUUUACAGGCUGAUCCGAACUCGACCCUUUACUCGAUUAAGAAGUUUGAGGAUUUGGGAUUGUCUGAGGAGUUGUUGAAGGGUUUAUAUGGAAUGAAGUUUCAGAAGCCAUCAAAGAUCCAAGAGCGUGCUUUGCCGCUGCUACUGAAUAAUCCGCCACGAAACAUGAUUGGACAGUCGCAGUCAGGAACAGGAAAGACGGCAGCGUUCACGUUGAAUAUGUUGUCGCGGGUUGACCCUUCGCAGCAGACGGUACAGGCACUCUGCCUGGCGCCUUCGCGAGAGCUUGCGCGACAGAUUAUGGACAAUGUUCGAGAGAUGGGAAAGUACACAAAGGUGACGACGGAGUACGCGAUUCCGGGAGUGCGAAUUGAGCGUGGACGACAGCUGACACAGAACAUCAUUGUUGGUACCCCGGGCACAGUGCUUGGUCUUGUUUCGCACCGACAGCUGCCGCUGAACAAUGUGAAGGUGUUUGUGCUGGAUGAGGCGGAUAACAUGAUUGAGGGCCAGGGCCACGGAGAUCAGUGCAUUCGGAUUCGCAACGCGCUGCCCAAGACUACACAGCUUGUGCUGUUUUCAGCGACGUUCCCGGACGAGGUGUCUGAGUAUGCCAAGAAGAUCAUUCCGAACGCGAACGAGAUCCGGCUGAAGCCUACGGAGCUGAAUGUGAAGGCGAUCAAGCAGCUGUACAUGGACUGCGAUAACGAGGAGCACAAGUACGAGGUGCUUGUCGAGCUCUACCAUCUGUUGACGGUCGGGUCGUCGAUCAUUUUCACGGCGAAGAAGGUGACGGCGGACGAGAUUAAUCGACGGAUGACGCAGGACGGCCACAAGGUCAGCGUGCUGCACGGCAACUUUGAGGGCUUUGAGCGCGACCAGAUUCUGGACGAUUUCCGGCAGGGACGGAGCAAGGUGCUGAUUACGACGAACGUGCUGUCGCGCGGAAUCGAUGUGCCGUCGGUGUCGAUGGUGAUUAACUACGAUCUGCCGACGCUGGUCACCGGCGAGGCGGACUACGCGACGUACUUGCACCGGAUCGGUCGCACGGGCCGGUUCGGUCGCGUGGGCGUGUCGAUAUCGUUUGUGAGCGACGACCGGUCGGCGGCGCAGCUGGCGGAUAUCCAGGAUCACUUUGGGGUGCAGAUGAUUCCGCUGCCGACGGACGACUGGGACAUGGUUGAGAAGGUGCUGAAGAAGGCGUUGAAGGGCGUGAGUCUGAGCUGA